AUGGAACGUCGAUGGAAAACUGAUGAAAAAGAAGCUUCUUUCGACGAUGCAAUAAUAGAAAUAGAUUAUUACAGAUGUAGUGGGUAUGCAUUUUGGCUUACAUGUAUUAUAAUUGCGUUACUUUCAGGAUCAAUUUAUUCAGAUUCUUCAUUUUUAAAAUUUGCAUAUCUAAAUAGAACCAGAAAUCCAUAUUCAGCAUUUAAAUUCCUUGAAAUCAGACAAACAGGCAAAAAUACUCUUACUGCAGAAAUUCAUGUUGAUUAUAUAUUCAAUAUUACUAGAGAGAACUUGAUAAGUCAUUUGGUUCUUGAAGCCACAAACGGUGGAUUCAAUUUUACUAAAAGAAUAAGCGCAGCAAAUGAUGUUAAAAUGAAUGACAAAAAUAUCACAUUUUCAUUCAAUAUUCCUGUACGAGGAAUAAUAUAUGCAGUUAUCAAGUACAAUAAUCGGCCAAUUAGCCGAGUAUUUAAGUUUUCAAUUGCAAAUGAUUCAAAAUCUUCUUCUUAUAUCUAUUGCAAUGAGAAUAAGACAGGCAAGUAUUGUAUCUUUUACAAUGUAUGCGUUAAAAACAGCAGAAUACAAGCGAAUUUCGAAGAAAUUCCACACCAAAAUCCAGGAUUUCUUCCUUACGACUUAUCUGGCGUUUUUGAGCACGUAUCCAGGUACGGCAGAGUGAAUAUGGAAGAAGAAAUAUUCAAAGCCGCGUUCGUGAGGCAAAAGGAAAACAUGUAUUUGACAAUUAAAGAUUUUUUGGAACAAUGCGACCAAUACAAGACAUUCCAAACGAUUGUAUUCGACGAACGUAACUACCUGAAUCAGCUGAAUAUCGCAAAUAACCUGGAUGUUGUUGUUUCGGGCAGAGAUCAAAAAUGUUUCCGAAAUUUGAUGAUAAAUAAUUUCAAAUCUGACGCAACAAAGGUCAGACCAUUGAUCAGAAAUAUCAAACAACGCAAACAGGAGAUAUAUGUGCUGAAUUCAGACUCUACAAUCAAAGAAAUUGACUCAUUAGUUGAUUCCAUAUUAGAUUUCUGCGUGAGAUGCGAAAUAGUCUACGCGGAUAAGAAACAUACGGCCAAAGGACUACUGAACAUGAAGUAUGAACCUCAAUUCAUCGUUGGAGUCCAAACAGAUUCAAUGAUCGCAACAGUUUUCAUGAAUACGACAUUGAUAUCUGUAGUUCCAAAGGGACUAUCGUGUUCUGAUUGGAUAUCUGAUGCUUCUAAGGAUGGUUUACGAGCAGUUCAGGUAUUUCCGAAACAAAAAGCUUCAAAUUGCACUUCUUACUUUUGCGAUGAUUACCAUUGUUCUGAUAUAAUUAAAGGAGAAUUUAUUGUCAAUCCAGAUUUGGUUGGAAACGCACUUGCUGGAAUAUUCAGAAAUAAUUGUCCUCCUCUAACUUCAAAAGUAGAUUGUUUGACUGGAGAAGUAUUAGAAGAAGAAAGAUAUUGUUAUUAA